UUGUGAUCUUGAGGAAGGAGUGAAAGGUGUUUGAUAAAAUGCCUCUGUAUAGAAAAAACCAGGUCAAUACUAUUAGUCAUUCUUUAAGUACUAAUUCUACCACUUGCAUUGCACAAGCAUAUGCUUUGUCUUAAUAUUAGUGUAGCUUGCUGAAUUUGUGUUCCAGGCAGCUGUCUACAGCCUAUUUUCCGAGGACAAUUAUCGUAUACUCUGAAUCUGAUGAAACCGAACUUGAGUUCACAUGUGAUAAUGUGAUAGAGUUGAAAUUAAUUAAUCAUGUAUGAUGUAUCCUUCUACUUGGUUAUUACUUAAUUAAUCAAAAAUCGAUUACUCUAUGUACAGUGGUUAAUAUAAGUAUAUAGUUGACUUAUAUUUAACAUUUUUGAAGGUGUUUAAAUCAAUUUACUCUUUUUGUUUGGUUGAGAAAUAAAAUGCUUGUAAGAGCAUAAAACAGUCAGAAGUUUUGAUAAGUUUCAUGUUCAUUCACAUCUGCACAUGAUCAACUUAUUUUACUAAUUAUUGUUAGUUAGAAACAAGUUACUUGUAUCUGUACUUAAUUAACUCUGGACUAAUGAGUAUUUUUUAAGAGUGAUUGACUAAUUAUUGUUAGUUACAGACACCAUUAUCAUUUAUAUAUAUUCACCUUGCCUUUGUGCAUGUAUGAAUAGUCAGCACAGUCUAUAAACUUAAACUUUCUUCAUUGGCUCGAAUUGCAAUUUUUGGCGAUCAUAUAUACAGUAACUCAUAUGGAUUCUGACUUGUAUAAUGUUGUCACCUGUGAUGACGUUGAUGCUCUAAAGGGGAGUGACUGGCCUAAUGUGCACGAACAAUUGACACCUGGAAAUAAUACGGUGCUUCAUCUUGCAUGCCGACAUGGGAGGACAAGAUGUGUCGAAGAAAUUCUAAGUUCUCAUGAAUCACUACUAAUACGGAUCAACUCAAGAGGUGAGACCGCUCUUCACAUAGCAGCAAGAGGAGGGCACUAUGGUGCGGUUGAAGCACUCAUUCGUAAGGCCAGGUCUUCGGUACUAAAACCUAAUAAUCUCCAAAAGGAAUCAUCUACGCUCCUGCAAGAUCUUAUUAGAGCACCCAAUGCGGAACUUGACACUGCCUUGCACGUUGCAGUUCGAUACAAUCACAACGACGUGGUUGAACUGUUAGCAAAAGAAGAUCCAAGUUAUUCAUAUCCUCAGAACAAGUAUUUUGAAACUCCACUCUACCUGGCUUCUGUUAGGCGUUACACCGAUUCUGUCAAUAUUAUUCUCGACAAUUGUCAAUCACCAAGCUUUGAUGGUCCCAAUGGAAGAACGGCUUUGCAUGCUGCAUCAAUGAGUUAUGGCGGAUAUGGAUGUAUGAUGCGUCUACUGGAAAAUAACAAUGAUCUUAUAAACGUAGCAGAGAAUAAUGGGUGGACGGCAUUUCAUUAUGUUGCACAUAAUGAUCUUGUUAGAUCAGCUAAAUAUUUGUUAAGUGUAAAUAAAUCUGUUGCCUACCUACCAGAUAAAAUACUUAAGAGAACAGCUCUCCAUGUAGCAGCAUAUAAAGGAAAAUUAGAAGUGAUGAAGGAAAUUCUGAAUAUAUUGCCAGAUGCUUGGGAGAGUGUCGACGGAAAUGGUCAUAAUAUAUUGCAUAUUGCAGUAUUACAGGAGCAAAAAUCUGUGAUUCAAUUCAUUGUAUCUGGAGAUUUUGAAAUGAAGAGUAGCCUUCUUAGUCAAAGAGACAAGUUUGGAUGUACGCCUCUCCAUCUAAUUGCUGAGCGUGGAUUGUUUUUUCCCGAACUUGUGGAUGCAUUAUACUGGAGACCUGACUGGGAUACAGUAAACAACAAAAAUAUCACUAUCUUCGAAGCGCUUUAUGAAAAAGAAACCGGUGCCCUUAUUGACGAGGGGCUAGUUGGAGGGACAAUCAGUUUAGACACUGUUGGAAAUCAUUGGAACCACUGGGUUGGAAGAAAAGUAGUAGAAGUUGAAAGAGUUGACGAGGAAAGCAUCAAAUGGCAAAGACAAAUGGUGAACACUCAUGUUAUAGUGGCUGCUCUGAUAACUACGGUAGCCUUGACAGCAGGAUUCGCUAUGCCAGGUGGCUUUGACGGGAACCAAGGACCGAACCAAGGGUCUGCAGUACUUUCAAGAAAAACUGCCUUUAAGAUAUUUAUGGUAGCUGAUACAAUCGCCCUCCUGUUCUCCAUUUCUUCGCUAUUUCUGUACUUCUUGACAGCAAUGUAUGAUGCCACUCGUGUAUUAGGACCCCUGAUCAGUGCUGCUGUAGUGCUCAACGUUGUUUCCAUUACAGCAAUGAUGCUUGCUUUCAUUGCAGGGACUUAUGCUGUGCUAGCUCACUCAUCCUUUCUGCGGAUUAGUGUUUGUAUCAUCUCUUCUUUAUUCUUUCUCCUUGUUUUUUAUGUGUGCAUUAAAUUUUUCAGGAAAAUCUACACUAGAUAUAAGAAAGUAGCCUAUGCUAUGAGCGAUUAGGGCCUGAUCUCCAACCAUGUAACUAUGUAAUGUUAUAAACUUCAUUCCGUGAAGUACAUAAAAUUAAUUUUACAAGAAGAUAUCUUAUUGCUUGUAAAUGGACAUUGUUCUCA